CUUUUCACAUUCUUUUCUCAAAAACAAAUAAAAAUAAAAUAAUAAUAAUAAAUAUAUAUAAAGCUUUAAAAAACAUGUAAUAAUAUAAAUAUCGGUAUGAGUACUCGUGCGAUCGUACGCAUCAGCCUAGUACUCAUUACGCAAAACAAUAAAAAACAAAGAAAAAGCCGUAUGAGUGCUCGUGCGAUCGUACGCAUCAGCCUAGUGCUCAUUACGCAAAACAAUAAAAAACAUUACAUUAAAAAAUACUAAAAAAUAUAAAAUCUUUAAAAAUCAAAAAAAACAAUCAACACUUUCAAACAACAAACAAUCUUCCUAGCCAGAACUACGUGAUCCUUGAUUCUCCAUCAAAAGUGGAGAUACGUAGGAGCAAGGCUAGUCCUUGUCAGGUUCAUUUCCCUAAAAAUCCAAAAUCAUUUUCCAAUCAAAUUUUCUAAACAAUUUCCAAACAAAUUUCUCAAACAAUUUCAGAAACGAACUACGGAACCCUGAUUUCUCAUUCUGAAUGAGAAUACGUAGGAGCAAGGUCAAUCCUUGUCGGGCCUAAAAAACCUAAAAAAUAUUGUUUGUUCUUUCGAGUUUUAUUUCAAGGGAAAGUUAAACAUUUUGAAAACCACAUCCAUAUUCGCAUAUUUAAUUAAAGGUAUUGCCUUAAGGCAGGCGUUGUAGGGUGCUAAUACCUUCCCUACACGUAACCGACUCCCGAACCAAGAAUCUGGUUCUAAUAGACCAUGCCUUAUCGUUUUAUGGUUUUUCCGUAGUUUUCCAGAAUAAACUAUGGUGGCGACUCCAAUCUCUUUUUCAAAAUUCGUUUUUAUUUUUCGGAUCGUCGUCCCGUCGCGAUCCCGGUUGCGACACUUAGGUUUAGAAAUAGGUGGUUUAGAGAUUCCCUUUGAUGAAGUAGUUGGUGGAUUGGUUGGUGAAAUGUUCAAAUCAAAAACCAUCAGUUUGAAGGACUUGACGGACAUGUUUAAUGUCAUUGUUGAUGAUAAAAACAUUGAUGUUGAUGUAGUGUGUAGGUUAUAUAUAUUAGUUUGUUUGGUUGUUUUCUAUUUCCCUAGGAAAUCAAGGCAUGUUUGUAACAUGCCUUUUGGAGUGUUAGACGAGUUAGACCGUUUGUGUCUAUAUGAUUGGUGCACCGGUGUACAUAAACAUAUUGUAGAGAAUUUAAAUAAAUGUAAGAAGAAAAUUAUGGGAGCAGGUAUCCCCCAGUCAGUCACUCUCAGUGGCAAUGUGGCAGUGUUUCAGGCUUGGGCGGUUGAGAGACUUUCUUUGCAUGGUCAUCCUUCGCACCGGUUUUUCCCGCGCAUAAUGAGGUGGUUCCUGUUUAAAUCAAGGACGGAAAAAAUUGAACAUAUUUUUAUGACCGGAGAUUUAAAUAUGGAGUGGUAUGUACGAAAUGAAGAUCGUCAUAGGCCGGAAAUCCAUGCAGCUUUCAACAUGGAUGACGGAGGAAUGAGUGAAGGAUCCUUGGGUGAAGGAUCCAAGGUUGACAAAGAUGAUGAUGAUGACGAAAGUUCUGAUGACGGGGCAUGGGAAGCAGGUGCGGAGGAGAGAUUGAGGAAAAACAACGAAGAUAUCAGAGCAUUGAAUGCCAAGAUUGGAGUUCUGACUAGGGAGUUAUUUGAAAUUUAUCAAACUCCAAUCUUUCAUGAAGCAGAUGCAUGUGGCACUGAUGAAGAGGUUGGGGGUGGAGUUGAUGAAGGACAUGGAGUUGGAGGUGAGGAGAAUGCUGACGUUGGGGGAGAAGAAGAAGGUGAUGGAAAUGAAGUUGAUGACCCCCUAGGUGCAGAUGCUGAAGUAAGAGGGGAUGAUAAUACUGUUGGUAACAUCAAUUUUAUUGAAAUAGAUGAUGAUGCUGAUGAAGAAGAACGGGAGGUCGUGCCAUUGGCUAUACCCCCAUUGCGGAGUUUUGUUGGUGAUCCAAGCACUAGUGUUGAUGUAAACCAAUUGUAUACAGCAGUCAGCAUCAGAGAGAUGAACGUACACAGGGUUGUAAGCGAAAUAAUUGGGCAAAGCUUGAGCACGACUUCAAUUUACACUUUGGCCCCAAUGAAAUACGUUGAUAACAUGGUGGUGUUAUUUGCUUCUACGAUCUUUAUGUACUUUGAGAAAAGGUUGUGCGGUGUUGUUAAGAGGAUUCAUUUUAGUCCGUUAUACUCGGAAGCGUCCACAGAAUCGCCAUGUAUUCACGCUUCAUAACUAUAACAGUUAUUUGUGUUCCGAUCAUUUUGGACUUAAAGAGUUAGCCACAGCGGACUUUUUGUUUCUGCCAUUUGUCCACGAUGAUCAUUGGUGGUGUUAUUCAGUGAAAUUGAGGUCAAUGGAGAUUUUUGUGAUUGAUUCAUUGGGGAAGGGGAUUAGAGACCGCAAAAGGAUAGACACAGCCGUUGCUGAAAAUAUGGCACGACUUUUUUGCAUCCUGAUGAAUACACCGGAAGGUAGUAUUGGUCCUUUGACAGUUAAACAAGCAAAUAUCCCAUCCCAACCAAACUUACAUGAUUGUGGAGUAAUAAUGUUGAAAGCAAUGGAAAUCUGGGAUGGAGAUGAAAAAUACAACGGGAAAAGCAUGCCUGAAUAUACAACUGAGGAGCUGCUUGGGAUUAGAAAGAAAUAUGUGUGUGAGUAGAUCCUGGACAACAACAACAUUAGAAGAAUGGAAGCCCUACAGCUAUACGGCAUUGUCUAGGAUUGCUAAGAAAUUAUGUAAUUUUGACAUGUAUAAGAUGUUCAAAUAUGUACCUAAUGUUAUUUGACAAUUUUGACAUGUAUAAGAUGUUCAAAUAUGUACCUAAUGUUAUUUGACAAUGUACAAUAUGUGUUUGUAAU